AUGCACAUACGCGCAGUCACUCACGCCGACAUCCCUGCGAUCACCGACAUUGGUGACACGGCCUUCAUCGAUGCCGAGCUGAACGUUUAUCUCUAUCCUUACCGACGGGAAUUCCCCGAAUCCUGGCGCGCUCGCAUGGUGCGCAGCACACAACUCUCCCUUGCAAAACCCGGAACUCAUACAUUCGUCUGCGUCACAGAUGAUGAGGACCCGACAGACUGGCCGCGAAAUCAAGUUGUCGGCUACGCUCGGUGGGACUGGAACGGCCCGGCCGACGACCCUCUCACCACCAAGUGGCGCCAGAAUAACACUGGAUUCCUGAAGACGGUCGAGCGAACGGUGCUGGACUGGCAAGGUCGAUACAUCAAAUAUUUCCGGCUCGACAAGUCUGCCUCGUACGAGCACCACGCUGUCUUUGAGAAGGAAGGCGCCGAGGCCGGAAAUCCAUACGCGCCACUCAAGUCGUUUUGGCUCUUGGAGGUGCUCGGAGUGCAUCCCGACUGGCAGGGCAAGGGGGUGGGCAAGAAACUGAUGCAGUGGGGGCUAGAGCGGUCUGAUGAAGACAAAGUUCCCAUCGUUCUCAUCGCCACGACUGAUGGUCAGCGGUUGUACACGAAAUUAGGCUUUGAUGUUGUCAAUUGGGCAACGACGAGGUCUUUCACUUGGGCGGAAGGAGGAGCCGUCAUGAUCCGGGAUGUGGACGGCACUUACACGCGGAAGACGACGGGUGAAGAGGCGACGAAGAACUUCUUCGGCAAACAGAGGCCGAUCGGGGCCGUUUACAAGUAA